UAUGAUGCGAAAACAUAUAUAUAUUAGAUGAGUUCCCAAAAAACAAUUAUUACAUGCAUCGUGAUUCGACACGUGACGAUUCGAUUAUGAUUCAUAAAGGUUCAAAAACGAUUAUUUUCCCUCAUAACUUUAUGACAGCCGUUCGUAGCGGAACGAAAUUUAAGACACGUCUGCCACCCGGACACCGUUAACGGACACAGGCACAACGUUAUGUUGGAUGCUCCCGGUUACUGGGAGAGAGAUUUAGUCCUUUUUAAAAAUAAAUUUGUGAAUGAGACAGGCAGGAACAGUGUGCAAGUUAUUUUUUAGAGCGAGAGGGGAAGAGAGAUAGUUUGUUGCUCCUUGUCUUUCAGAUGUCCAGCUGUAGUUUUAAAGCAUUUCAAUUGAAAAAUGUCCUGAUUGUGUUGCUAAGACCUGUGUGCGUCUAUAAGAGGUGAAGGACGAGCGUAAGGCCGGGGAGGUUUUGGACCUGGCCGACUACGAGCGCUCUGAAGAAGUGAGGAAAGCCAAAAGUCGCAGCAAGAAGAACCACAGCCGCUUCAUGCUCAUAAGGUGUCGACGGCCCGGAAACACGGUUCCCAACCUUCUUUUUCUGGCCGUCAGUCCCGAGGAGAAGGAAUCGUGGAUCAACGCGCUCAACGUCGCCAUCGUCAAGGCCAAAAACAGGGUUUUGGACCAGUUGACUAUGGACGAGCUGGUCUUGGUGCAUCCCACCAGAGACCGAGCCAAGAUCCCGCAAGGACGUCGCCUUCCCACCCGAGGACACCUCAUGACCGUGGCAUCGUCGUCUCACCACGGCACACUGACCCUUGACCUGGUGGCCGAGGAGGAAAACUUCCCCUCAUCCUGGGAGAAUGUGUUCCGCGCCAGUUCUGAAGGCCGACGUCAGCGCUCUGGGACGGAUGUGUCCAAACUGCGAGUCCGGACCGAGGAGCCCGUCAAGACGGGAAGUCUGCCCCGUGGUAGCGAGCGUUCCUGGGGGAAAUAUUCCCGUCCGGAAGCCUCUGAGGUGCACGAAAGCAAGCAGCUGCAGGUCCUCCAAAAGCAGUCCAGAACUCCUCAGCCUGGGAAGAAGAGCAACAUGGCGGGUCGGAACCGCUGCGCCUCUUUGGAUGAAGUCCUCUCCUCCAGACCGGCAAUGAUUCGUUCCGAGUUGCGUUGGGCACUUAACCGACGACCGACAGAAGAGGAAGGCGGCGCCACGGUGCAGCCCGUAGGUCAACUGCAGAGUCUCAUCGCGCAGAAAAUGCAACGGGCUCAGGAACUGCUGGAAGAACUGCGACUGCAGGAACUGCAAAAGGCCAAAGCCGAGCGCGAGAAAGGAAGCUCAACGUCCGGGAAAGGGGUAGAGUCUCCUCGUCUUCAUCGCCUAAUGGGCGGGGACUCGCCGCAAACCAGGUGCCAUACGGCGGGUACGGCCGACUCUUCGUCGGACCGCGCCAUUUCUCUCAGGUCGUCUUCGUCCCCACGUAGCCGCGGCGGCGACUCUCCCGGAGUCCGACUGAAGGACUCGCCACGGCUGAGAGGUCGCGACUCUCCCCGCUCCAAGGGUCGCGGGAAUCGCUCCCGUGACGCCGAUUCCCCUCGGACCCGAGGUCCUCGGCCUUCCCCUCGCCGCAAAAACCGGGAAGCGCCCUCGGAAGCGUCCCGUCCGCCAGAAGCUCUGGCCGUCCCAGAUGGCGCAGAUUUGCCGGCCGAAUCGUCGCCCGGUACCGGCAAUGUUUCCUCAUCAGACGCCACCGAAACCGUCCAGAAAGCAGAUAGGGAUGAAGAAGCACUGGAAAAGCGGCGUGCGGAAGCGGAGCGCCUCCUGGUGGAGGCCAUGUGUUCCUGGCAGGAAGCGCGAGAAGUGUUGCGGGAGGUGAAGGAACUGCAGAGUCACACGCUGCGACGCCAGCGCAGGAGGACCUACGAGAAGAUGACGAGCAGCGCGUCUGCCGAGGUCCGCUUGUCGCCCGAGGACGGGUCUGAGUCGCCUUGAUGCAGACUUGGCUUUCUCAGGAAUGGAUUCCAGCUCGCUCUCUCGGGUGAGCUUCUUCAACCAGCAGCAAUAACGGCACUCCUUCCUUCCACUGCUUUUUGUGCCGAAUGAUGUGAUUUGACCACUUUGACUCCAGGGUAUUCUGUCUUAAGCCUGGUUUAUACCUGACACAUUGAACGUUCCGCAAGGAAACAAGGUGAGUGGAGGUCAUCUGACACGCGUUUUUCAGUCUUUGCUGCUCCACGCAACUCUGUGAACGUUGCCCCCGUGGUGAAACCAACAUUCUCCCAGACUACAGGGGGCAGUGAAAAGUGUCUACGGCAUGCGAGCAACUUCAUAUUAUAGAGAGAGAAUAGAAGAGAGUGAGAAUCCGUUUUCCUUCAACAUAGGGGAGCUCGCGGCUCUUAACAAGGAGGAACAACUUCUUUGUUGUUUGAUGAUCUAUAUUGGCUGAAUCAUAUAUAUUUUUGUACCUGGGAACUUCUGCAAUUAGUAGUUCGUCCGCCAUGUUUUGCCCCCUCCACUUGCCUACGCCAUUAGCAGCUCCGCUCGAAACGUCAGCGCCGCUUGAAAUUUUCAGCAGGUAUGCGGUGCGGAAAUCUAAUGCAUGGUUUAUGCUUCUGUGUCGGGCCUAUUGGAGACUCAUGAUGGACUGUGUGCAGGUGUUGGCCUGCAUCUAUGACCUGCCAAUGACCUGACUAAUUACACAGUUCUCAGGAAAGAGCUUGUUUGUCAAUCCACAUGGUCAUUUAGCGACAGCAACAAGGAUAAGUGGUCAUCUCGACAACCACUGAUAGGAUAAACACUUCUUGUGAUAAACAUGUCUAAUUCCCCUCGGUAUUCCCAAGUUUUUGUGUGGCCACCUUUGAUAUUACCAAGUAAGGUUGAGCAUUCAGGUGGUCCACAUCAGUGGUCCCCAAACUUUUUGCACCAUGGACCGGUGUGAUUGGGCCUUUUUUUGUCUUGAUGGCAAAUAUACUAGGUCGCUGGUACAAGGUUUCAUGGCUUUAGCAAUACGGUUCGCCAUAAGGUACAAUGCUGUCAGUGCAUUCGCUUUUGUUGCCUCGUUUGCUAGCUUUUAGCCACAUAUCAUGCAGAACACUUGGUUGUAGGCUCCUCUUCUAGCUCACCGGAUGGUCUUUUCCCAGUAAAAAAAACUGUCCAAAGACGUUGCCGCCCACAGCACACAGCAGCUAACGUUACUGUUUACAUGACUGACUGCUAUAGAUGUGCAAACAACCCAGUAAUGGCAGCCAACCAUAGAGAGCUAUGUACACAAAUCUCUACUCGAAUUAGUCAUGAGGCACAGGUCAGACUGUGGUCGUUAACAAAUUAUUAUUUCUCUGCGGCCCAGUAGCAAAAGCACCACGGACCGGUCCCCGGUCCGGUGUUUGGGGAUCCCUGGUCUACACCUACGUCAUAUGCUCAAUUGCCAAUCCAUCCAUUAUCUACCGCUAAAUCUGGGGUUGGGUUGCGGGGGUAGCAGCUUUAGCAGGGAAGCCCAGACUUCCCUCUCCCUAACCACUUCAACCAUUUCCUCCGGCUGGAUCCCAAGGGGUUCCCAGGCCAGCCGAGAGACAUAGUCUCUCCAGCGUGUCAUUAGUCGUCCCUGGGGCCUCCUGCCUGUGGGACAUGCCCGGAACACCUGUCGAGUGAGGCAUCCGAACCAGAUGCCCUAGUCACCUUAGCUGGCUCCUCUCAAUGCAAAGGUGUAGGGGCUCGACUAUGAGUCCCUCCCGGAUUACCGAGCUUCUCACCCUAUCUCUAAGAGAGAACCCAGACACCCUGCAGAGGAAACUCAUUUUGGCCGCUUGUAUCCGGGAUUUUGUUCUUUCGGUCACAACCCAAAGCUCGUGACCAUAGGUGAGGGUAGGAACGUAGAUCGACUGGUAAAUCGAGAGCUCUACCUUUUGGCUCAGCUCCUUUAUCACCACAACGAACCAGUACAGAGUUCACAUCACUGCAGGCGCGGCACUGAACUGCCUGUCGAUCUCUCACUCUCUCCUACCCUCACAAGAGCGUGAACAAGAGCCCAAAAUACUUAAAUUCAUCUACUUGGGGCAGGAUCUCAUCCCCAAUUAUUGCACUAAAAGCUGCCGGACGCGCUGCCUGGCCCGGCCCCCUACUGGAAACUGUGAUGGAAUGUCUGUAGGAGCUGUCUCGUUAACUGAUAGCGAAGUUUAUGCAUUGUUGACAAUUUUCAGUUCGUGCGAUUUGGCGAUUACGUUGCAAAUGCAAAGGUAUGCAUGGGCUGUGAUCACGUGCAAGGGCUGUGAUUGGAAGUCGUGACACUGGGCUAUCCCGCCGGGACCAAUUAGAACUUCCUAAAUUCCGGGAUGUCCCGUCCAAUCCGGGACUGUUGGUGACCAUAGUUAACGGUGUAGGUCCGCCGUCACCGCAACGCAGAAACAUAAAAGAGCUUUAACGCGUUCGCGCACCACCCGGAAAGGUGCGGUCGCUGAUAUGAUGUCAUUUUACUACGUGAAGUCGUGCGGACCGCACGGAUGCGUCAGGUAUAAACCAGCCUUUACUCCAUGUGAGUUAAUAUGACUAAUUCACCUCACUGAAAAUGACUCACAUUGGUAAGUGUGACUCCAUUCUAACCUCUGUGAACUUGGCCCCACAUCAGAUGCAAAUUCAUAGAAAAACGUCAUUCCUUUGAGCCAGGUUUGUGCUGAAAAUAAUUUCCGUUUGUGCUGCUAUCGUUUUUGAGAUGUUAACAAUUCUUUUCUAGGUCAAUCUGAGGUCAACCAGCCCCCUCAUUUUGAUUAGAAAUGGUGUUAAUCGUUUGUGCUACGUUUGUGCUCUAAAAAGUUUGAUUUGUGGUAUCGUUUUAUAGAUAUUGAGAUAUUAAUUUCAAGUGAUGACGUCAUUCACAGGUUUUCCAUAUACAACUCCCGCAACUGACGGAGCGUACCAACUCAAUAACAGAGGGGUGUUCCAACAACUAGCACCUCUUCGAAGGGGUACCAUUCAUUUGUGCUACAUUUGCGCUAGUUGUUGGGACACACCUCUGUUAUUGAGAAAGUUUUGGGAAUAAAAAAAAUAUAUUACAGUGGUACCUUUUAAUUCCAGGACCUUAGUUCCAGGACCUUGUUUUUAAGUCAAAAUGGUCGAAUGUUGAGCAGAAUUUUCCCAUAAGAAUACAUUAUAAUUCCAUGAAUUCGUUCCACAGCCCAAAAACCUACACUAAAUCCUUAAUAAAUACUGCUGUUGCUAUUACAAAUGGCAAUUACACAUAGCAAAACAAAUAAAUUAGUCAUAAAAAUUGGAAUAAUAAUAUAAUAAUAAUUCCUGUAAUAAUGUAACGAAUCAGGUUCUAAUGUGGCGGACGUGUUUUGCGUUCUGUACCUGAAUGCACUGUGUGGCUGAAGUGACAGUCAAGAUUUUACUUUCUCUUUUAAUGUUCUCUUGUUAUUGACAUCAACUGCAGCGGACAGUAGGCACACGGCUGUCAACAGACUUGCAAGAGACAAGAGACCAUGAUAGGCCCCCUCCAACCACCACACUGACCACUGCCACCGGCUUGUCACGACAACAUCGGUGUUGUUAAUCUUACUUUAAAAAAGUAAUUACAGUUACUGUUACAAAUUACUUCUCCCAAAAAGUAAUUAAGUUAGUAACUC